AAAUGUCAAGUCAACUGUAUUUUGACAGCUGGGCUGUUGUGUGUUGUGUUUAUUAAUUUAUAUUAAAAAUCAAUAUAGGAAUAUAAAACGUUAUAAUAGUAAUAUAAAUAAUGGAUUCAGACCUACUUCCCCUAGAAGAAAUUAGAAUAAAGGAAGAACCAGAUUACUUUGAUCCAAGUAUAGACUGGAAUGAAAACAAUCCUUGUGAUACUCUUAUAAAGGUUGAAUUAUUGGAAACCGACGGUAGUUCUAAAAAUUGGGUGUGUAAAGAAUGUAAUUGUGUAUUUAUAAACGAGCAUGAAUUAAACAUACACAAAAUGAUACAUUCUUCAGACCAUACUUGUUUUAUAUGCAAAGAAUUUGUCAGAAACAGAUUCCAGUUUGUGGGUCAUGUUAGAAAGCAUAUGUGUGCGAAGCCUUUUAAAUGCCCUAGCUGUGUUAGGUCGUUCCCUAGCCCUAGGGAAACCAAACUACAUCAAAGGGUGCAUAGUGAUGAUAGACCCUUUAUGUGUACGGAAUGUGGCAAAGCUUUCAAACAGAUUUCUACCUUGAAAGAUCAUGAAGUGGUGCAUACGGGAGAGAAGAAAUUUAAGUGUAAGAUCUGCGAAGGAGCAUUUGCAACAGCAACAAGUUUACGAAGGCACAUCCAUGUGAUGCAUGAAACAGUCCGUUCCUAUCCCUGCAGAUAUUGUAGAGAAAGUUUUACUAGUCAACAAGCCCGAGAGCAACACACAGCAAUACACAAAGACAUCGAUCCAUUGAAGUGCACUACUUGUGGAGAGAAAUUAGCUGAUUUGGAAGAGUUCACGCUACAUAGGAAUAAGCAUUUAGAUGUGAAGGCUUCUGGCACUUGCGAAUAUUGUGGAAAUAAGACGUUUUAUUUUGGUUUGAAGGAGCAUAUUGAAAAAACUCAUCAGCCUAGGUCCUGUGAAAUCUGCAGUUUGAUCUUCUACGACGAAAAAUCCAUGGAGAACCACCAAAAGAGUCAUUUGGAGGAAGCAGUCAAGGAAGGUUACGCGUGUCAGGAAUGCGGAAAGAUAUUCGAGUUCCCUCGAUACCUAAAAGCCCACAUGAAACGUCACGAACAGGACUACAAGAAGUAUAAAUGCGAUCUCUGUCAGAAGUUCUUCUGUUCGAAAAGAGACCUCCAAAAUCACCUCAACGUUCAUGCGAACAUCAAAAACUUCGCCUGUGAAAUUUGCAAUAAGCCCUUCAGGACGAAGGAGAGCGUUAGGAAGCAUAUGCCUAUACACUCGGAAAAACGACCCUUCGAGUGCCCCCUGUGUGAUAAACGAUUCAAGAAACAGUCCAUUCUUCGAAAACACUCCUUCACCCACUCAAAAGUCCGUCAAUUCGCGUGUGAUCUGUGCGACAAAACCUACAAAACCAAGGAAUCCUUGAGGGUACACAAGAUAGCUCAUCACCAAAGAAGAACGAAAAAAUGUAAAGUUUGUAAAAAGAUGUUCCAGUUCGAGUCUAUGUAUAAACAGCACGAUUGCGUCACUAGGUAUCGGUUUGACAUUUGUAAACGACGGUGUAACGUCUGUAAACGAUUUUGUAGGACUGUUACGACGUACGUGCGUCAUCUAAAAGGACAUUUAAGGGAACGGUUGUUCCAGUGUAACAUUUGCAAGGAACCUGUACGAAACCAGUACCAAGUUAAGCUGCAUAAGAUUAGACAUAGGAACGAGAAAAAAGUGUAAAGGUGCCCCUGUGCAUCACUUAGGUACAAUUGAAUGUGUGGACUCUGUAAGUAUUGUAAUCGAAGAAAAUAUUGUAUAUAUUAGUAUUUAUUAAUUUCUCAAAAAAGUAUGUAGCAUUUUUAAAAUGUUAAAUAUAAAAGAGUAGAUAGAUAAUUUGAAGUGUAAUUGACAUUUUGUGAAUAUAAAAGUUAUAAAGAAAGCUCGAAUUUAUAGGAACAAAAAUGAAGAAAAAGAAGAAGAAAAAGAUGUCUGUGCAGGCAAAGUUUUUUAAACAAAAAAAGAAUGUGUGUGUACUUUGUACGCACGUAAGAAGUUAUACUUCUAUUAUAUGAUUCCAACGAAAUUAAUAUGUACUUUAAACAGUUUAUUUAUAUUUUAUUUGAAUAUUAAACUAAUUUUAAUACUUACUACUUUCCAAAAAUUUUUAUUAAACAAUACCAAAAAUUAAAAAAAUAAAAGAAUAAAACACACACAAAACACAUUGAAAAAUGCCACAAAGAAAUGAUUUCUGAACAAUAAUUGUUGGCAAAAAUUUUAACUAAAAAAAAAUAAAAACUUGCAUUGGGAUUCCAACCCGCGUUUAUUCGGGUGCUUAGGAUUUGAAGUCGAAGGCUCUACUCAUUUAGCCACUUACACGUACCUUUCAUGUGCGAAGAUAGGCCAACUGAACGUUUUACUGUUUGACAGUUCUGAAUUUAAUCAAAUUAGUUUGAUUUUUGUGGAAUUAAAAUAUUAAAAUACAACAAAACAUAGAGUAAGAAAACAAUAUAUUAGAUAAAGAUUGGUAGAAAUUUUGUUGGUAAUCAAUUUACCUAUGUAAAUCAAAGAAUUACCUACUAGAUAGGUACAUACAUUUUCCAAAUAGGUAAGUACCUAUGUAAUUUUUUAUUACGAUUUUGAAAUAUUUACAAUAAUUACGUACCUGUUGCUUUUAAAAACUAUUUAAAAAGUCACUACAAUUAUAAACUUGCUUUUUUCUAUGUUUUCACAACAAUAAAAACUAAUAUACACAAGAUUUGUUUACCCAUAACCGACAUAUUGAACAAUUGUUGACAAGUCAUUGUAAUUACCCAAUCAGAGUCCAUAUAACGUUUGAGCUGCGCUCAGAACCAAGACUUUUGAUGAAUUCGCUCACAUAUAAAUUUACUCCCAACACGCCUAAAGAAGUAUAACUUCUUAGUUAUACUUCGUAACAUAUAUAGCCUAUAUUGGCAAAUAACUUAUUAUUUGUUAUACAAAGUAAAUAAUUAUCUUAAUAUUAACUUAACACAAAUAUACAUAUCUUCUUCUACCUUGCGGUUUCUAGUUUUGUCCCUGUUUUGGGAUUCUGUCUUCAUGCAUUCUUUGUACGUGACCAAACCAUCGUAGUUGUAUUUCGCUGAUUUCGUCAUGUAUUGUAUGUGUGACCUUCAUUAUUUCUCGUAUCCUUUCUUUGGUGACAUGUUCUCUUCUUGAUCUUCCUGCAGCUCUUCUCCAGAAAUCCAUUUCGGUGACUUCUAACAUUCGUUUUGAUUUUUCCUUCAUAGGCCAUACUUCGCAGCUUUAUGUUAUAAUGCUUUUCAUUACGGCGUUAUAGAUCUUUUUCUUGUUUUGGUUGAUUAUCUGCUUGUCCCAGAGUACUGAAUUUAGGAGCGUAAUUGCUUUCCUGCUCUGAGUAUUUCGUUCUUUAAUGGCUCCGUCCAGUGUUCCAUCAUUCGUGAUUUUCAUACCCAGGUAUUUAUAUUCGUCACAUUUAUGAUUGUUUCUCGUCCUUGUAGUAUCAAAUCCUACUGCGUUCCACCGAUAUUCAUAUAUGUAUUUGGUUUUUCCUAUGUUGAUCUCUAGUCCCCAUUUCCUAUAUUCCUCUAUUAGCUUUCUUGUCAUGUAACAGAUAUCAUCGCAGUCUUGUGCUAUUAGUAUUUGGUCGUCUGCGAAACAAAGAGUAUAUAGUGUAUGGUCAUUUAGUGGGAGUCCCAUGUUCUUGCAUUUCCAUUUCCAAUUUUUAAGAGCUUAUUCCAAAUAUAUUUUAAAAAGUGUUUUCCUAAACCUAUUUAAUAUGUUAUAGCCUUAUUCUUUAAAAAUAUCGCUCUAAUAAUAUUGUUGCCAUACAGGUAAAUUGUCAUUGUGUACCGACUGUACCAAUUAAACUGUUUUUUUUUUUCAAAGUUCACCACACCCUGUGGAAUAUUCUAGCAUUUAUAAAAUACUGAAAAUAAAAUCCAACUAUAGCCUCAGGUUUUCUUAACAUUCUGUUUUUUUAUUCAAUCGCUUAUGUUGGAUAAUAAUAAAAAGUUAGGUACUUUAACAACUAGACAUGUUUUUUAUCAAUACAUCGUGUGCGACAAACUUUAAGGGGUAAUUUUGGAUGAAAAAGAAAUGACAGUUUCGUUUCUGAGAUACGGGGUGUUGAAAUUUUGAAAUUUUUGAAGGUUUUCUUACAAACUGACGAUUUAUUUAUUGCUCUAAAACCUGUUGAGAUAUGCAAAUGAAAUUUGGUGGAUGUUAAGAGGUAGUUAUUGCGCAUUUUUUGACAUACAAUUAAAAAUUUUAUAUUCACCAUUGGCGUGCAUACGGGUAAUAAUUUUACACACUAUUAAUUUUUUUUGAGAGCAUACACCUGUUUUUUAGUUUGGCCUACAUUUAAAAAAAGGCACAAAUAGGCGUAAUUUACGAAAAAAAAAGGAAAAAUGCAAAAAACACCUAGAGUAUGCAAAAAAAAUUUUGCCUAUAAUCCGAGCUUUAGUUAUAAAAAUUAUUUAUGAUUGUUAAUUUCGGUACACGGUAGAUAUUUUAGUACGAAAAAGGGUAAUAUUGUUAUGUUGUUCUGUGUAUUCAGCGAUUAAAUGAAGCACAACUUGGUUUAACUAACUCUAUUUAUCUCAAAAACUCUCUCAAUCCCCAUAUUAUCACUAAUUACAUUACUCCUAAAUGUUAAGGCUAUUAGCUAUCAGAUGCCUUAGUUGUCUUUUACAUAAAUAUAUAUCGAAUUUCUUAUAAAGACUAAAAUUACUACUGUUACCGUGAUAUACGUAAAUGUGUAAUUGAAAUAGGACUGAUUUUUUGUUUUUGUAAUUUAAAGUUUAUAUUUGUUUUUAUUUGUAUAAUUUUGUUCUAAUAUUAAAGAUUAAAGUAAUAUUUUUCAAAUUGUAAAAUAAAAGUUGGUGUAUGAUUUUUAUAUAA